AUGAAAUGGCUCGGAUUUCGUGUCCCUCUCGUAAUAGUUAACCGAGCCCAUCAAACCAAUCAGUUCUAUCCAUUUGCGAUUUCGUUGAUUGAAAGUGUCCGAACUUAUGAGAGCACCUGUAAUAAGAUUGAUGAGAAUUGUCGUCAGAACAUUGGUCUUCUUUGUGCUGGUAUGCGACGAAACGUCCAAUUCCAAAUAACAGAAGGUAUACCACUUGCCUGGGAGUCUUAUCGUCUUGGUCUCUUUGUUCAGCGAUUCGCCGAGUCCGUAUUCCAGUUUCAAGAAAAGGUGGAUGACCUACUUCUCGUUACUAGAGAAAUAGACCUGCAAGUAAAGCAGCUUGAAACAUGUGUCUACCUACGACAAAUUUUCGAAGAAAUCCUUGGUAAGCUUUAA